UAAGGGUUUUCCACUUACUUCAUUAAUCAAACGAAACAGGCAGAGAUGCAGAAAGCGGACCGUCGCACGACUGACUGACUUUGGAGAAUGUAAUUACAGCAGAACAAACUAUAGCAGCAAACAAGAAGCUCCUCGCUUUUGUCAGAUGUUCUCAGUGAACAACAACAGGAACAAAAUCACUGUUAAAGGAACCAAGAUCAAGAAGUAUGGAGGACUCAAGCCUGGUCAGAUGUGACAGCCUGGAUGCUGGGUCAGGGUUAAACAGGGAGGUGAUUGACCACAUGACCUUCGAUGAUGAGGGCUCUGACCCCACAGCAAACCUCCAUCCGUCACCAGCAGAACUGGCUCAGUGUGAGGCCGAAGUGGGCACACUGCUCAGCAUCAUUGCUGAACUGAACAAGAAGAUGGGGUCAUUGAAGGCACCGAGUCAACUAGGGGACCUGAGAACACCAGCACCAUCCAGGCCUUUGGUUCCUGACCUCCUGUCUCACAGACUGGUCACAAGAAGAAGCCCAGAUAGACAAAAUGUCUCCGCUGCCACUAGAUCUCCACUGACGACCAGAGUGGGCAGUGGUGUAGUCUGGACAAAGCUACAGGAGGUUUUAUCUUCAGUGGAGGAGUCCAUCAGCUGCAGAAGGACCUGGGCCGCCCCCAUUACUGCGUCUGACCACGACAAGCACAAAGAGCAUCUGAGAGCCGCCCAGGAGAGCUGGAUCCAAGCCACUGAGAUAUUGGAUGAGAUGGAGAGAGAUUUUGGGAUAUCGUGUCCCUCGGCCGUGCAGAAGGACCAGUAUCAGGGGGAAAUUCCAGAUGUGGAGAAACACGACUCUGCUCUCAGGAGCACCUUGCACUUUCACCAGGAGGAGGUGGGGAGAGCACAAAGCACCAUCGUCCAGAUGGAAGAGGAAAAGAACAAGGUGGUGGUGGGUCUCCAUCAGGCCUGGAGGUCAGGCGGUCGCUCUCCUUCCUACUGGCCCGCAGCUGGAAUGCUCAGUCCAGACUUGGGCUCUCCCCCCUUUCCUGGAUCUCCUCUACUCCACAGAAGAACCUCCAGGGGUCUAAAACCCCUGUCUGCUGGUGGAGACGUCUCUCCACUGGGCUCUGUCAAUUCUUGCAGCCCUUGUCCCAGCCCCGUUAGCCUGGAGUCCGAGACAGAUCGACUGAACAGAUACAUCGAGAGGCUGAAGGCCAGAAAUGAACGUCUGACAGCAGCUCUGGAGCGAAGGAAGGGAGAGUCGGAGCAGAUCACCGUUACACUGAGCAGACUGGAGUCGGACUGCUCUGCCCUGCAGCUGGCUCUCAAAUACUGCGAGGAGUGUGAAGGGGCCUACAGCGAGCUACUGUCCCUUUACGAGGCCAAGAGGCAGCAAAGCAUUCCUCUGCAGACAGACUCAGCAGAGGCAGUUGGUGACAGGCAGCCGCCCGACAGUCCAUCGUCUGAGCUCGGAAACAUGGGAGCCGAUGAGCUGUCCACCUCCUUCUCAACAGCAGGGGUCACAGAGGAGACAGCAACACAAAGUUACACAGGGCAGAGGACGCCUGAGCUGGUGAAUCGAGAGGCAGUUCUCCGUCAGCAAAUUGAACGUCUGAAGAGGGACCGGGCAGCCAUUCUCCUCCCUAGACCGAGUCCAGGGGUGGAGACCAAACUGAGCCCCGAAAGCAGUCCCCCAGCCGGGUCGAGAGGGGGACCCGUGAGCAAAGACAACUUCAGACCUCUCGACGCCAAGAAGGAGAAGGCUUCCGUCUUCUGUGAACUCAUUUCUGUCAGGGAGGAGAUGUCAGAUCUGCGAUCCCUCAUCCGCCUCAAAGAGAAGGAGCUGAGGUGUCUGGAGUGGAGUUUAAUGGCCCAGAAAGCCCAGGAGGCCGCUGGCGUCUUCGUGCCAGAGAGUGUCAGAGAGGAACAGGAGGAUCGAAAGACUGAACAACAGAGGUUAUACGAGACCACAGCUAAACUGGGCAGUGAUGGGGACAUUGCCGAAUCUCGAGCCAGGCCCAUUCUGAAGGAGCUGCAGGCCGUACUGCAAAGGGAGCAAGCCCUGAAGAAGAGAUUAGCUUUAGUCCAUGACUCAUCGAACGCAGCUCUCUCGGACAGUGCCUCACACAGGAGGGACAAUGGAGAGCAGAUUGCACGGCUCACACAAGCUCACAGUAAAGCCUUGAGCUCAUACCGGCAGAUUCGCAGGAAGUACCGGGAGCAGGUGUGGAGGCUGGAGCAGAAAGUUGCAGCCGUGACGGAGAGUCACCAGAACCAGAGCGGAGCACCAAAAACUACAGGGGAGGCCACGGAGUGGAGGAGGGAAGAGACCGUUCUGUGAUUCUUCAGUCAGGGAAUCAGCGUGAACAACAGUGUACAUUUCUGCUAAAUUCAAUAUAUAUAAUAAUAAUAAUAAUUUUAAACAUCCUCAACAUUGCAGAAUUCCUAUUAUUAAUAGUGUAGUUGCAAUUUUUGGUGAUGACAUUUACGACCGAACGCUAUCUAUUUGAACUACAAUUAUUGUAUUGUUCUCGUCCGUGUUGAUUAUGUCAUCCAAACAGGUUGAGAAAAUGAUGUGAACUCCUCAGGCUGAGUAAUCCAGUCAGUGAGGGUAGAUAUUCAUCUGUCGAGAGUUAGACAAACUGUUUAUAGACGGAGACGUCUUAGUUCUGGCUGCUCUCACUAGAAGAGGGGCGUCAAGCUAAGAUGACUCUCAGGGCACAAGGCAGAAUGCACAGUGAGGCUUAAAACGAGUCCAGAGUUACAGCCAAACGCUGGAAGGAAUCACUGGUGCUGGUUAACUUCUCUGCUCAUGAGUCUACCACAUAACAGGCUUAUUCCGAAGGGUUAGUUCUUUUCUUUUUGCCACUGUAUUUGUAAAUGCAGCAAUGACAUCUGAAGCAGUCAGGUCAGGCAUUCAUUGGCUCCGGAGAAGUAAAUAUAGAAUAUGUAUGGCAGUAGAGCUGAAUUCCCACCAUUCAACACCCCACCAUUGAGAGUUGCCAAGAAAUUGAACAGAAUUCCAGAGCUUAACUUGUCUUUCUGGACUCGCACAUCACAAGACACAUUGCUCAUGUCAGAGAAAUAGCUGUCAUGCAUGUCGUGACUGUAUGAGGCUGACUCAAGGACUGAAGCCAUUGAGGAGCGCGGGGCUGACCUCAACAGUGCACAUGUCCCUUUUCCCAUACAAGCUGACUCAAUAAAGCCUCUCCUGGCCGGCCGUGCUGUCGUGACAAUGCUCCGCGGGAAGGAGACGGUGGGGGGGAUGGGGGCCCGGACAAUGGCUGACGUGCAAACAAAAUGUACGGCCAGCCCAUUUGUCUUCUUUGCCCUUUUAUAGUUCUUUCCAUCUUGCUCUCUCUCCCUGCAUUUCACUCUUUUCAUUUCUCUUUCUUCACUCAAAAUAUGAAAAAAAAAACAACCUUGGGCUAGUCACAAGUUGAGUGUCUGUGAGUUGCAUUCAGACGUUUUCAUUUCAAUAAGUAUUAAGAGGGAAAACUAUACACUAUCUUAAUAACCCAUACGAUUUAUCCUGCAUCCCGUCCUCAGGUUGGGUAUCACUACAUUCAUGUUAGUUUUUGGUCAUUUCAGAAAACACAGAAUAACGUCUGCCUUAUCCCAUUGUCCUGAUCUCUCCAUGGGCAGACACAGGUCUUAUUAAAUGUUGCGAGGAUUCAUAAUUUGGGCGGAUCAACCCUUUAAAAGACUUAUCUCUCACCUUCCCAUCUUCUGCUCUUUACAUCUCACUGAUACCUCAAUUUCUCUGCCUUUACCCUCUUCCCCCAUCUUCUCUCCUCGCUCAUCACUCAAUCAUAUAUGUCCCCUCUCCCCCCCCACCGGCCGACCCUGCGCCCUGACCUACCCGAGCCGGUCAGCUGCAGCUGCGACCGGCGGUCAGGAGGUUAAGGCAAAGGUUGAGUGUCACACCCACAGGGUCACAACGAUGCCUGGCUGUUGUGUUAUCCUGUGAAUGGAAGGUUCAGAGCGCCAGACGAGGUGGCGAGCCCCUGACGCCCUGACUCUUGCUUGAGCUUGCCCUUUCCCGAGCAAAGGUCAGCUCAGGGGGCCUGUCCUCUGCACUGCCCCCAUACCUCCGGGUCACCAUCGCUAUUGUUGUAAUAGCUGCCAUUAGAGCAGAUGAUGCAAUUAUCGUUCCAUUUUGUGUUUCCUCUGUGCUGAGUUCCUGAGUUCAUCGAAGGUUUCUUCAGAUGACAUGACUGUGGUAACCUCAGGCUGACUCUUGUAUCAAAGGGGACAAAAUGUCUGAGAUGGAAGAACAGAACUAAGUGCCGCACUUGAGUAAAAGUAUUUAGUUACUUUCUAUUGCUCCAUCUACUGUACAUCAGUAGUGCAGCCUAAUUUUGUGGUAAUAUAUAAUCACUACUCAGUUUUAACAGUGCCACUGCCAAAAUCUACUUCACAUUCCAAUAUGUACCUCAAGUAUUGUGUGAGUGAUUUACAGUACUGAUGAAUAAUAUACUAUUUGAUUAUUACUGUGGACGAAUUGGUGUGUAGGCAGCAUUUUGCACUUGUAGCUGGUCAAAGUGGAGCAAAUUUGAAUGGUAUCAAAAUUCUGUAUAUUUAAGAUACAAGAUCAAUUGUAUUGUAUUGUUGUGUCAUAUUAUUCUUUAUUGUUUCCACGAAAACAGAACAAACAAAGUAGACAUAACAAAAAGGAAGAAAGCUAUAUUUCAGGCAGAUUUCAACCUAACAAACAAAUGUAUAUCUACGUUCUCAUUUAAACAACGUUUGAAGAUUUGAAAGUUAAAUGUCUGACUGCAUGAUAUUUCAUAGAUUUAUAAAAAUUAUAAUUUCAAAAGUAAUUGUAUCCACCAUUUGAUUUGCUGGAGAGCUUUUGAAAUAGCUCUAAGACAAAUAUUCCUUAAACGCGCUUGAAAAUGUGUUUGUUAAAUCCUUAUACCUUGGUUAACCUUGACCCCACCUGAAAGUGUAAAAGACCUAAUCUAAUCUUCCUUGUGAUAAAGCUCCUGCAGAUUAAUGUAUGUCUGUGAUGAAAUGGAAAUACAGUUUUUGUAAAUAUGCAUUAAUGACUGAGUGAGAUAAGAAAGUUAAACAUGAGCAUGAGAGCUGAACGAUGUUUAAAUUGUAAUUUUUGUGAGGGUAUAAAAGGCUGUGACAAUCUCA